AUGGAGAAGAAUAAAAAUUUCUAAACUUUAAAAAGCAUCGAUAUAAGAAAACUCAAAUCAGUCGAAGAAAUGGACAAAGCGAUGAUGAUGAGAUUCAAUGAGUUGAAAAGUCAACCAUACUAUAAGAAUUUGGAGCAGUUCUAUGACACGGAGCUAGAAGCUGGAAGAAAUAUGUUUAACAAUGGAAUAGCCUGGGGAGCGUUUAAUGAAAAUGGAGAGGUACUUGCGUUAUUUUUAGCAUUUGACCUUACUUUCGAGCCUUAUACGACCUCAAAGAAAUUAUUAAGAGCAACUGAGAAAUUGAAAAGAAUGAGAGAACAUUCAAGAAAAUUCCUUAAUUCUAAACCAGGUGAAUAUUGCUAUGUGGGAUAUGCAGUGGCAAGAAGAGAUUAUAGAAGAAUAAAUUUGCUAACAAAGAUAGGACUUUUAUUAAAAGAUGACCUUCUUCAAAACUAUGGCUUUAAGGGUGCAGUUGCGAUUUCAGUUUCAAGAGAAGGCUUUUUAGGGUCGAGAAAUUACGGAUUUAAAGCAUUGAAAUAUUUUGGACCUUGGGGAGAGGAUGAUAAAAAUGAAUACUAUCUAGGAGGAGAAAUCAAAGAAGGUAUGAUGUUCCAAGUAUUGAUCAUUUAUAAUUUUGAGAAGGAAAAUGAUUCAAUCCGUAAAGCUAAGUUGUGA